AUGGUCGGCGCACCUCCCCUCACCGGCAUCAAGGUGCUCGAGUUUGCCGGCCUCGCUCCCGGCCCCUUUGCCGGCAUGACCCUCGCCGACGCCGGCGCCUCCGUCCUGCGCGUCAACCGCCACGACGACCCCCCGCAGGACAUGCUCGCCCGCCGCAAGGCCUCCGUCGCCGUGGACCUCAAAGACCCGCGCGGCAUCGCCCUCCUCAAGCAGCUCAUCGCCUCCGCCCCCAUCGACGUGCUCAUCGACCCCUUCCGCCCGGGCGUCCUCGAGCGCCUCGGCCUCGGGCCCCAGGAGCUCCUCCGUCUGCACCCGCGCCUCGUCUACGCGCGCGUCACCGGCUACCGCCGCGACGGCCGCUACGCCGCCAUGGCCGGCCACGACAUCAACUACCUCGGCGUCUCCGGCGCGCUCUCCCUCCUCGGCCCGCCCGACCGCCCCCCGCAGCCCCCCGUCAACAUCCUCGGCGACUUCGCCGGCGGCGGCGCCACCCUCGUCCAGGGCAUCCUCCUCGCCCUGCUCGCCCGCGAGCGCUCCUCCUCCGGACAGGUGGUCGAGGCCAACAUGGUCGACGGCAGCUCCUACCUGGCCAGCUUCCCGCGGAUGGCCCGCGCCACCCCGCUCGGCGACAAGCCGCGCGGCCGCAACGCGCUCGACGCCGUCGGGUGCCCGUGGUACCGGUGCUACGAGACCGCCGACGCGCGGUUCGUGACCGUCGGCGCGCUGGAGCCCAAGUUCUUCGCCGAGCUGCUGCGCGGGCUCGGCCUCGAGGGCCAGGGCUGGGAGGAGGAGCGCGGCGACGAGGCGCGCUGGCCGGAGCUGCGGGCGCUGUUCGCGGAGCGGUUCCGUGCGAGGACGCGGGAGGCGUGGGAGGCGGUGUUUGACGGGACGGACGCGUGCGUGGCGCCGGUGCUGGACUACGACGAGCUGCGGAGCGACCCGCGGAGGGAGGGGGACCAGCGCCCGGCGGUCACGCUGAGGGAGACGCCGUGGUACGCCGUGCACCGGGGUGAGGGUGGCGAGGGCGCCGGCGCCGGCGCCAAGCUGGUGGACGUGGCGGAUCGCGGCCAGGGAGGCGGUGUGGAGGGCGAGGGCUACGACCCGACGCUGCUGGACGUCGGCGAGGGCGGUGAUGAGAUGCUCGGCACGUGGCUCGGAUGGAAGCGCGGCACGCACUAUGAGGAUGCCAGCGGACGAGGUCUCACGCUGAUCAGUGACAAGGCCAAGAUUUAG